AUGACUGCGCAGCGGCUGGAUGGCAACGCCAUCGCGAAGAAGAUUCGCGAGCGGCUCGCCACCGAGAUCGCUGAGAAGCAGAAGGCAAACCCCAGGUACAAGCCGAGCCUCAAGAUCAUCCAGGUCGGCGCCCGGCCCGACUCGACGACCUAUGUUCGCAUGAAGCUCAAGGCCGCUGCCGAGGCCAACAUUGACUGCGAGAAGCUCGAGUUCCCCGAGGACACCACCGAGGCAGAGCUCCUCGCCAAGCUCGUGCAGUUGAACAAUGACGAGUCCGUCAGCGGCAUCCUCGUGCAGCUGCCCCUGCCCAAGCACAUCAACGAGUACAAUGUCACCUCGGCCGUGGCUGACGACAAGGAUGUCGACGGCUUUGGCACCGUCAACAUUGGCGAGCUGGCCAAGAAGGGCGGCCGCCCGCUCUUUGUGCCCUGCACCCCUAAGGGUGUCAUGGUAUUGCUCAAGGAAGCCGGCGUUGAGCUGAAGGGAAAGAAUGCUGUUGUUUUGGGCCGAAGCGACAUCGUGGGUAGCCCCGUCAGCUACUUGCUCAAGAACGCCGAUGCCACCGUCACCGUGUGUCACUCGCGCACGCAGGGCUUGGAAGAGCACCUGAAGCGGGCAGACAUCGUUGUUGCUGCCAUUGGCAAGGCACAGUUCGUCAAGGGAGAGUGGCUGAAGCCCGGCGCCGUGGUCAUCGACGUAGGUACGAACUACAUCCCUGACUCGACCAAGCAGUCUGGCCAGCGCCUGGUUGGCGACGUUGAUUUCGCGUCGGCUUCCGAGGUCGCUUCGGUCAUCACACCUGUGCCUGGAGGUGUUGGUCCCAUGACCGUCGCCAUGCUGCUGCAAAACGUGGUUGACUCUGCCAACACCUACCUUGACCGCCAGAAGCAGAGACACAUCGAGCCUCUGCCGCUCAAGCUGAAGAACCCUGUCCCCUCUGACAUUGAAGUUUCGAGGUCACAAGCACCGAAGCAAAUCACCAAGCUUGCUGAGGAAGUUGGAAUCUCUCCCCAUGAGCUUGAACCGUACGGAGCCUACAAGGCAAAGGUGGACCUCAGCCUGCUCCAGCGCCUGGAGCACCGCAAGAACGGCAAAUAUGUUGUGGUUACUGGCAUCACGCCCACGCCUCUCGGCGAAGGCAAGUCGACAACAACAAUGGGUCUCGCACAGGCCCUCGGAGCUCACCUGAACCGUAUCACAUUUGCCAACGUCCGACAGCCUAGUCAAGGCCCGACCUUUGGAAUCAAGGGCGGUGCCGCUGGAGGCGGUUACAGUCAAGUCAUUCCCAUGGAUGAGUUCAACUUGCACUUGACUGGCGAUAUCCACGCUAUCACAGCGGCGAACAACCUCUUGGCCGCUGCUAUUGAGACCCGUAUCUUCCACGAGAACACCCAGAAGGACGGCCCUCUUUAUAGACGUCUCGUGCCUGCAAAGAACGGCAAGAGGCAAUUUGCUUCCGUCAUGUUUAGACGCUUGAAGAAACUCGGUAUCGACAAGACCAACCCCGAUGAUCUGACUGAGGAGGAGAUCCGUCGGUUCGCCCGCCUGGACAUUGAUCCCGAGACUAUUACCUGGAGGCGAGUUUUGGAUGUCAACGACCGACACCUCCGAGGGAUUACCGUCGGCACUGCCCCCACCGAAAAGGGGCAAACCAGAGAGACCGGUUUCGAUAUUUCCGUCGCCAGUGAGUGCAUGGCUAUCCUUGCCAUGAGUACCGACCUGGCAGAUAUGCGAGAGCGCCUUGGACGCAUGGUUGUGGCCACCUCGCGAGCUGGCGAUCCUGUCACUUGCGACGACCUUGGUGCUGGCGGUGCUCUGACCGCGCUCAUGAGAGAUGCUAUCAAGCCAAACCUGAUGCAGACCCUUGAGGGAACACCAGUCUUCGUCCAUGCUGGUCCUUUUGCAAACAUCUCCAUUGGCAACAGCUCCAUCAUUGCCGACAGACUGGCUCUCAAGCUCACUGGUACAGAGCCCGAUGAGGAUCACCACGCCAAGGCCGGCUUCACUGUCACCGAGGCAGGUUUCGACUUCACCAUGGGUGGCGAGCGCUUCUUCAACAUCAAGUGCCGCACAUCCGGCCUUUCCCCUGAUGUUGUUGUCAUUGUCGCCACUGUGCGUGCACUGAAGGUCCACGGUGGCGGCCCACCUAUUUCACCCGGCGCCGCACUCGACCCUGUUUACAAGCAAGAGAAUGUCGAGUAUGUGCGCAAGGGAUGUGUCAACCUGGCCAAGCAUAUCCAGAACGCCAAGAGCUUUGGCAUUCCGGUUGUCGUUGCUGUCAACAAGUUCGCCACCGACAGCGAGGCGGAAAUCGCUGCCAUCCGAGAGGAAGCUAUCAAGGCUGGUGCUGAGGAUGCUAUCUUGGCCAACCACUGGGCUGAGGGAGGUGCUGGCGCUGUUGAUCUGGCAAAGGGUGUCAUUGCCGCUUCCGAGAAGCCGAAGGACUACAAGCUGACUUAUGAGCUUGAUGGAUCCGUGCAAACUCGUAUGGAGGCUAUCUGCCAGAAGAUGUACGGCGCUGCCGCCGUUGAGUUCUCCGAGUUGGCUCAGAAGAAGGUCAAUACGUACACCAAGCAAGGCUACGGCAAUCUUCCCAUCUGUGUUGCUAAGACACAGUACUCCCUAAGCCACGAUCCUGACCAGAAGGGUGCUCCCACUGGGUUCACCGUCCCCAUCCGAGACGUUAGGAUGGCGGCUGGAGCUGGAUACCUGUAUGCUCUCGCAGCUGAUAUUCAAACGAUUCCCGGUCUGCCCACAGCCCCAGGUUAUCUAAAUGUAGAUGUAGAUACCGAGACCGGCAAGAUAGACGGUCUGUUUUAG